GCACCUUUACCAACGAAGUGGCAGAAACGCAGAACGAUUGUCCAGAUGGCCAGGUGCGGUACCAAGAGCUUUAUCGAUGCCCAACUUAAUCGUCUUUAGCUUAUCUACCUCGAUUCCACCUUGCCCACCCAGAAGAGAAUUGUUUGCCCUCUACUAACCUGGCCCAAAUCAUGACUCCCGUUGGUUCAAAAACAAAAAUGUCACCAACUUGAGAUAAGCACGGCCAACGCGCUACUGUGGUAUCACCGUACCGAAGAUAUCCAAUCGAUAAUGGGAACGGUCAACCUAUAAAUGCUACCUUCUUACGCACGGCGGGGCUUAUUUGUCCAACGGUUGAAGGAAACACUCUCUAGAGCUGCUGAGGAAAAACUAAAACAAAAUGCGUACCGGAAUGAUUGUGAUGGCCCUGAUGGCCCUUACGGCCACGGUCGGAGUGCAGGAGGUCGCUGGUCAGAAUAUCAUUCUGGACGCUAUCAUGCGGCGCAUUCUGGAGAAUCUGCGUGAGCUGAUGCGCACGGGCAAUCCGGAAACCGGUAUGCCAAUACUGGCCCCGUACCACAAUCCGGAUCUCUUCAUCAACGCAAGCUUCGGAGGGUUACUUGACUUUGAUGCUCGCUUCACGCCCAUGAACAUUAUCGGACUGGAUACGUUCGAGGGCCGGCUGCAGGUCGAUCUGGCCACGCUUCGCUUCCCGUUCGAGUUCCGCUUCGCGGAGAUCAGUGCCAAUGGGUUUUACGACGCAAACGGGCGCGUGUGGGGAUUGAUUCCGAUCUUCGGUAUCGGAGAUUUCUCCGUGCGGCCUCGUGAUGUGUUGGCGACCGGGUUCGCCACCAUCACCGACAAUGGCGAAGGUUUCCUGAUGCUAUCCGACUUCUCGAUCAGCCUGCAGAUGGGUUCACUCGAAAGCAACAUCCAGGGUAUGCUGCUCGGCGGGGAACUGUCGGAUCUGCUCAAUGCCGUCCUUCAGGACAUUGUACCGUCGGUGCUGCGCAACUUCCCCGAAGGCAUGACCAACAUGCUGAAUGCGCUGAUCAUCCCGAUCGCAAACCGCUUCCUGGCUACCCGCACAAUGGAGGAUCUGAUGGGUUUGCUGUUCCCGUAAGGACACCGUGUUGGAGGGAUGUUUAACUGAUUCGUAAAAUAAAUGCCAGCUGACUUGUAAGCACGAUCGUAUGCAGCACGUUGAUAGAACUUA